UUACAAUUUAGUUGAAAUGCAACUGUUGUUAGUGAAAGAAUAGCCGGUGUUGUUUUUCGUUUCGGAGCCUUGCAUUUGUUUAAUUAUUUUUUCUGCGUGUUAAAAAUCUACUUUGAAUUUGUAAUUAAAAUUUUUUUCAUACAAAUACAUAAUUAUAUAUAUGAUACACUGUUUCUGCGUUUCCGCGUUUAACUGUGCUUGCGAGUAGCAUUUAUUUCUUUUUGUUUUUCUUCGUUUUGUUUAUGUUGAAUCAGCUCAUUUUUGCUGAUAAAAAAAGAAAUAAUUUUUAAACAAAUAUAUGUAUAUUGUGUGUACGUGAAAGAAGAAAAUAUUUGAUAUAUUAAUAAAAGAUAUAAAGCAGAUAAAACAAACUUUGUUGCCGCAAAAUGUCAGAAACUAAAAGCUUUUCAAGCAUGGAAGCACCAGGUUAUGUGGGGUUUGCUAACUUACCAAAUCAAGUGCACCGAAAGUCAGUGAAAAAAGGCUUUGAAUUCACAUUAAUGGUUGUUGGAGAGUCCGGUUUGGGGAAAUCGACACUUGUCAAUAGUUUGUUUUUAACAGAUUUAUAUCCAGAACGUAUUAUUCCAGAUGCUAUUGAAAAACAAAAGCAAACUGUUAAACUUGAAGCAUCUACUGUAGAAAUUGAAGAGCGCGGUGUUAAGCUACGACUUACAGUGGUAGAUACGCCUGGUUUUGGGGAUGCUAUCGAUAACUCGGAUAGUUUUAGUGCCAUACUAGAAUAUAUUGACGAGCAAUAUGAACGUUUUCUUCGAGAUGAAAGCGGUUUAAAUCGUAGAAAUAUAAUUGACAAUCGCAUACAUUGUUGUUUUUAUUUUAUUUCGCCUUUUGGGCAUGGGCUUAAACCCCUAGAUGUUGAGUUCAUGAAAAAAUUACAUUGUAAAGUUAAUAUUGUGCCUGUCAUUGCCAAAGCAGAUUGUUUAACUAAAAAAGAGGUGCUACGUUUAAAAUGUCGUAUUAUGCAAGAAAUUGAAGACCACGGCAUUAAAAUAUAUCCACUGCCAGAUUGCGAUUCCGAUGAAGAUGAAGACUAUAAGGAACAAGUGAAACAGCUUAAAGAAGCUGUGCCAUUUGCUGUUUGUGGUGCUAAUACAUUAUUAGAAGUUAAGGGCAAGAAAGUGCGUGGUCGUUUAUAUCCUUGGGGUGUAGUUGAAGUGGAAAAUCCCGACCAUUGUGAUUUUAUAAAACUACGCACAAUGCUAAUUACACACAUGCAAGAUUUACAAGAGGUUACUCAAGAAGUACAUUAUGAAAAUUACCGUUCUGAUCGUUUGGCAAAAGGCAUUAAACAAAAAGAAAAUGGUAUUAAACCUGAACGAGAUUCCAUUGUUCCAGCACAAAUAGUUGCAAAUAGUGUAUUAUCGGAAAAGGAUCGAAUAUUACAAGAGAAAGAAGCCGAGUUGCGUCGUAUGCAGGAAAUGUUGGCUCAAAUGCAAGCUAAAAUACAGGCGCAACAAUAAAUAAAAAUCUAAAAAUAUUGUAUUAAAAUUUUUCUCAAAUUCUAAAGUUUAAUGAAUUUUUCUCAAAUUUUAUAUCAUUUAAUAAUGUAUUUUCUUUUAUUUUUAAUAUUGUAAUAUGUUCAAACAAAGCGAACACAUACAUAUGAAGUAUUUACAUUUCAUUACAAUAAAACACAUACAUAUGAUUGCGUUAAAAACUCA